AGUCGCAAAGCUGAUGGCACAUCUGUGCCUACGGACAGCAGGGAGGAGGUCUGCGCCUGGGACACGCAGCACUGGGCAGUGCUUCCUCCCUCCCUGUGAUCUGGGGGUUCCUGUGGUCCUGUGUGCCAGAGGAUUGAAGCGCUGUUCUUGCAAGGGCAAAUCUGUGGUCACACCAAUCAGGUGAUGCUGAGGAGACUCACGGUAAACCCUGCAGCUUUAAGGGGUGGCAGGCAGUGACAUCGCCCCCGUUUCUACCAGGAUGCUCGCAGGGAAGGAGCCCAGGUGCAGACCCCAUACCUACCCCAGGCCUCGCUGUGUGCACACGGCUGCUGCAUCUGCUCCAGCUGCGCAGAAUGGAGGGCCGGAUCCUGCCUUCCCCAUGUGAUGCUGAUGCUGCGGUCCGGGGCCAUCUGCACGCCGUGCCACUCCAGUGGGCCGUGAUCGGCACUGCAAGGCAGUGUCCGGCAGCGUCCCUCCAGCAGGGGCCGGGGCUGCGCUGAGGCCGGAGGAAGGUCCCUUUCCCUUUAAAUGCAAAUCACAGCCCCAGGGCUCCGGGAACACUGUUGGUCCAGCGGUCCUGGGGACGCAGCCGGGUGGCACCGAAGGCCGGAGGAGGUCCUCGCACAGGUGCUUCCCACGUGGCUCUGGGAUUCUCUCUGGGAUGGAGGAGCGGAGGAAGAAGCGGAGCCCCAGAGGUCAGCCGGCACCUGCCAGAGCAUCGCGGCUUCUGCCCACCAGCAAGAGCGCAUCCUUCGCCCUGCCGCUGCCCGCCCUGCCCUCACAGCAUGCCAGGCCCCAGCGGGCGAGCAAGGAGAGGGUGAGGGCAGGGGCAGCGCGGGGGGCCCCGCUGCAGCACAGCUUCCUCACCGAGGUCUCUGAUGUCUGUGAGAUGGAGGGCGGGCUGCUCGGCCUGCUCAGCGACUUCCACUCGGGCAAGCUGCAGGCCUUUGGGAAGGAAUGCUCCUUCGAGCAGCUGGAGCACGUGCGGGAGAUGCAGGAGAAGCUGGCGCGGCUGCACUUCGGCCUGGAUGUGUGUGUGGAGGAGCUCCCGGAGGAGCAGAAGAAGCCGGUGGCUGACAGGAACCUGGACCAGCUGCUGGCACACCUGGAGGAGCUCAGCAGCUCCAUUCAGAAGCUGCACCUGGCCGAGAGCCCCAGCCCUGAGGAGGCCGCGGCCUGACAACCGCCGGCUGCGGG